UAUCCAAAAUUCCAAGUUCGUUCCGAAUGUGGAAGAAGCUCUCCCUACUAAGGGGUUUCGUGAAAAUGUCUGCCAAUUGAUGUUUCGUUUCAACAAACUCAAUUGUGACAUCUCCCUUUUGGACGUGAUCUCCCCAAUAAGUGAAGUGGAAUUGAGUUGAGCACAUGUUUAAUGAGAACAAGUCUUCCAUUCAUGCUCAGGAAUUUUUUGUACCAACCUUGAAGUUUGUUGUCAAAGAGAUUGAGGAGAGGGGAGAUAGGGUCACCUUGCCUAAGUCCCCUAUUAGGCUUAAAACUCUUGGUUUGACGGCCAUUAACCAAAAGGGAGAAAUAAAUGCAGUUGAAAUCCCCCCCAAGAAUCCAAGGAUGCUGGAGGUUGAGACUAGUUGUGUGAAUGUUUUUCCAGAGGAUUCUUCUGUCAGCAAGGGUGUAUUUACCAUAGACAAUGGAAAUGGUUAUGGGGCUAUUAUUAUGCAAGAAAUAUAUGUUAAUGAGUUGAUCCACUUCCUGGUGAGUUGUGUAAUGAAGGGUUUCAUCUUUCCACAUAAUCCAGGCUCUGUUGUCAGCCAUAACAAUGGAGUGUGUGAACCCAAGAGAAAGCUGGUAGUGUGUGAUUUUCUGCUGAUGUGUUUUAGGUUCCAAAAUAGCAAGAAGGGAAAUCUUGUGAGUGGAAGUGAUUCAGCUGUGGGUAAAGGGACUAUGUCUGGGGGUUCCUGUGGUAACUCAGAGUCAGAAAGGGAUGAAGGAUUUGCAUUCCUUGCUAUGUCUGCCCACCCCUCUGCACUCAUUACAGUACUCAGGGAGAUCUUCAAACAUAGCAGUGAGCAGCACAGGAGUUUCACCAUUUUUGAUAUAAAACUUUGUGGGCAAAGCCACCGUCCCAUUCCCACGAUCCUCCUUCCAAAUUUCACAGCCACCGGCCUAAUGUUUGCCUCCGUCUGUUCUCCGACUCUCUGCCAUUUCUCCUUACCUUCUCACAAUUUCUACACCGCCCAACGACCUCUGCCACCUCCACUUGAGACUGUCUUCCUCACCUAUUAAUAAGUACCGAACUAAUUCUUUGACUAUUAUUCCUGCAAGAAAUCUUUUCCACUUUAUCCAAGUUUUAAAAACGCAGCAUAGACGAUGCUUACAUUGUUUCCGUAGCUCUGACAUUUUUUAACUUCAACACAACAGAAAAACUGUUACUUAGAUUAUUUUCAUGAGGGAACUACAUAGCACUGCAUGCAGUGCGGAGACCGGGAAUCAACAACUACAAAAAGAAUCUCUACUGACCUCGGCGAUGAGGAAAAGAAUAGCAUGAUCACUGGAGCUGAACGCACCGUUGGAAUUAAUGGACAUCGACGAUCUUAACAAAGGGCUGAGAUCACUAGUCAUCACAGCUGUUGUGCAGUUACAGCGAUCCCCAUACCAAAGAAGAGAUAAAAUGUUUUAUUUAUUAUGCCUAGAUUAGCUAUCUUACAAGCACACAGAGAGAAAAGAAAUACCUGCAACCCAAGAUGAGUAACAUAUGCAGGAGAAAAUAAUAAGUACACUUUCAAAGCACCUGCCUCCAGUAAUGAAACUACAUACUAGCCGUAGUGAAAAUGACAUCUAACCACUUUGCAGGUCAUUUUCAAAUUUUGUUAAGUCAGUUUUUGCCUUAACUUAAAAACCAUUAAGUCUUAAGUGCAUGUGAGAUAUAUGUAAUGCUAUGCUACUAUAACUGUUAUGUC